AUGUAUACAGGUGUGGUGGACAGUGAGGAUAUCCCAUUGAACCUGAGCAGAGAGCUGCUGCAGGAGAGCACCCUCAUCAGGAAGCUGAGGGACGUUCUACAGCAGCGUAUCAUCAAGUUCCUGAUGGACCAGAGUAAGAAGGAACCUGAGAAAUACGCCAAGUUCUUUGAAGACUACGGCCUGUUCAUCAGGGAGGGUAUCGUCACUACGCAGGAGCAGGAUGUCAGGGAGGACAUCGGCAAGCUGUUGAGGUUUGAGUCUUCAGCGCUGCCCGCGGGCCAGCAGACCAACCUGAAGGAGUACGGCUCCCGUAUGAAGGCCGGGACGCGUAACAUCACUACCUGUGUGCCCCAAACCGACACCUGGCUGAAC